AUGACCACCAUCACAAUACGCAAGUAUCUGGCAGAAAAGUUAAGGCUAGUCUUCGCAAUGCUUCACCACCUUGAAGUUCCUCUUGUUGUCAAGAAAGAACCUAAGCUCAAAGAAAAAUUGGUUAGUGAUGAGCCUAUUAUUAACGAUGGCGAUGAAGAAGUGCCCGAUGAAGAAGAACUAAAAAGACUAAAAGCUCGUGAUGCCAAAAUAGAUGAGCACCAACGAAUCAUCCAGACCGGGGACAUGGACGUAGAGGUUGCAGCGGUGUUGCAAAAGAAGCAUACUGGUGUUCUUAAGGAAUCUCCAAACGAUUUUGAGAAGCUGAAGCUGGGGAAGAUGUAUAGCAAGGAAUGGUAUGUGGUGUACCAGGCUAGGGAUUGA